ACUCUCACACUCACUCUCACAAAUCAAACCCAAUUAUAGCAUAUUCUCUCUUUUAAUUCGAUCCCCAUGGCUUCUUCUCUUGUGUUUCAUGUUCAAAGGUCCCAACCUCAACUGGUUGCUCCUGCUAAGCCUACUCCUCAUGAGUUCAAGCAACUUUCUGAUAUUGAUGACCAAGAAGGCCUUCGCUUCCAAAUUCCGGUUAUUCAAUUCUACCGUCAUGAUCCCCGCAUGGCCGGGACCGACCCGGCUCAGGUUAUUAAGGAUGCCAUUGCGAAGACGUUGGUGUUUUACUAUCCGUUUGCCGGUCGGCUAAGGGAAGGGCCUGGAAGGAAGCUGUUUGUUGAGUGUACGGGUGAAGGCGUUUUGUUUAUUGAAGCGGAUGCAGAUGUGAGUUUGGAAGAGUUUGGUGAUGCGCUUCAGCCUCCGUUUCCUUGUUUGGAAGAGCUUCUUUUUGAUGUUCCCAACUCUAGUGGAGUUCUCGACUGCCCGUUAUUGCUCAUCCAGGUGACGAGGCUUAAGUGUGGUGGUUUUAUCUUUGCUCUUCGUUUGAACCAUACCAUGAGUGAUGCUGCUGGUCUUGUUCAAUUCAUGAUGGCUGUUGGUGAGAUGGCUCGUGGCGCAACUGCUCCGUCGAUUCUUCCAGUAUGGCAAAGGGCUCUCUUAAAUGCAAGGGAUCCACCAAAAGUUACAUGUCAUCAUCGCGAGUAUGAUGAAGUUGCUGACACUAAAGGCACCAUCAUCCCGCUCGAUGACAUGGCACAUCGGUCCUUUUUCUUCGGCCCAUCCGAGAUCUCCGCUAUUCGUAACGCCUUACCUAGCCACCUCCGCCAAUGCUCCUCCUUCGAGGUCCUCACUGCUUGCCUCUGGCGCUUCCGCACUAUAUCUCUCCAACCCGAUCCCGAAGAGGAAGUACGAGUACUCUGCAUCGUCAACUCCCGCACCAAGUUCAACCCGCCAUUGCCCACGGGAUAUUACGGCAACGCGUUUGCUUUUCCAGUGGCGCUCACAACUGCAGGGAAGCUUUGUCAAAACCCACUUGGGUAUGCUUUGGAAUUAGUCCGAAAGGCUAAGGCCGACGUGACAGAGGAGUACAUGAAGUCUGUGGCGGAUCUUAUGGUGAUGAAAGGGCGCCCUCAUUUCACUGUGGUGAGGUCGUACCUUGUGUCAGACGUGACGAGAGCGGGGUUCGAGGAUGUGGACUUCGGGUGGGGGAAGGCUGCGUACGGAGGACCGGCGAAAGGAGGCGUUGGAGCGAUCCCGGGCGUGGCGAGCUUUUAUAUACCAUUCAAGAACAAGAAGGGAGAGAGAGGAAUUUUGGUGCCUCUAUGUUUGCCUGCUCCAGCUAUGGAAAGAUUUGUGGAAGAACUUGAUGCUUUGUUGAAGAAAGGACAGCCCAUUGGAGUUGAAAAUCAGAAGCCAUUGUUCAUUACGUCUGCUCUUUAAUUAGGAAAAUUUGUAAUACUGAUAAACCUUCAAAAAAAAGAACUCUUGAUUAUUAGUAGAAGCUACACAAAUAAAAAGAAGAAUAUGUGUAUUUUAAGGUUUGUAAUUUAUGAAAUUUUGGGUUAAUUUGUAGCUUAAUACGUGUUAAUUAAUUAGUUUGGAUUUAUAUUAUGGGAAAGGCAUCGACUAUCAACA